GGUGUUUCCUGUUAGUUUCGUCAAUGCUUGCUGUAUGGUUGUGAAGAUGUCAUCCAUACGUACCUUAACGAAAUAUUAUAUUGUCAGCUUUUUAAUUUUUAUUGCUUUGGCAUUUCCAGAUCAAGGGAAGCGGGAUUUCGUUCUAAGCCAGGAGAAAAAGUCUGUCGCUGUUCCGAAGAGUUUAUUUAAAGGAUCCCAAAUUUUCAUUAAGAUUUCAUGUAACACCAAGGCUGCAGACAGAAAAAUCACAAUUACGUGGGUUCUGUCGAGGUUGCAUUGUUGGCAGGAUUUCUUACGAUAUGAAGAUGAACUGAAUCCAGGACAGACACAGCUGUCAGGCUUACUGACUGAUGGAGAUAACAAGACUCGUCAUAUGGAUCCUGUAAUAUCACACUUCGACUGUUCUCCUCACAUUGUUUUGGAAGAGUUUAAAGGUUCAGAAUCAAAGAAACCACCAGCUGCUGCUGUGCCUGAUGAUGUGAAAGAUGAAAGUGUUCUGAAUGUGGGUCAUAAAAGCAAAAGAGAGGAAAAAGCAGAGAAAUCGUCUAAAGAGGCGCAUUUGACGGAUGACAAACCGCAGUCUCCGAAAAAUAUCCAGAAUCCUGGUCAGCUUCCUACAGAACAUCCAGUAUAUACCAUUGGUGCAGAUGGGGUGUACUUACUGCAACUUACAAUUGACAGUAAAAGUGAGUUUACUGCUAAUGUCAGUAUUCACAUGCAAGGCAAAUACGGUUACUUAUCAGCAGCAGACUGGCCUCUCUUACCAUUCUAUGGAGCCAUGUGUCUGGUGUAUGUAAUACUUGGUUUAGCAUGGCUCAUUGUGUCUUUCUGCCAGUGGCGUGAUUUGCUAAGAAUACAGUUCUGGAUUGGUGGUGUAAUUCUUCUUGGUAUGCUGGAAAAAGCAACGUUUUAUGCGGAAUAUCAGAGCAUCAAUUCCACUGGUGUGUCAGUGAAAGGAGCCAUAUUGCUGGCUGAACUUGUAUCUUGUGGUAAAAGGACACUAGCUAGAAUGUUAGUCAUUAUUGUCAGUCUUGGCUUUGGAAUAGUCAAGCCUCGUCUUGGUCCAAUGCUACAUCGAGUUGUGGGAACAGGUCUUUUAUACUUCACACUGGCAGCAAUUGAGAGCUAUCUUCGUGUGAUGCAUCCAAAGAAUGACCCAUCAAAUCAGACACUGGUAGCCAGUAUUCCUCUUGCCGUGCUAGAUUCUGCUAUUUGCUGGUGGAUCUUCACUAGUCUUGUACAAACUACAAGGACCCUCAGGUUGCGCAGAAAUUUGGUGAAACUGUCCCUCUACAGGCAUUUCACGAACACACUCAUAUUUGCAGUGAUCUCUUCAGUUGUCUUUAUGCUUUAUUCAAUAAAGUAUCAUCGCUUUGCUAUAUGUCUCACAGACUGGAAGGAGCUGUGGGUGGAUGAAGCAUACUGGCAUCUUUUGUUCUCUGUUCUGCUAUUGGUCAUUAUGAUUUUGUGGAGGCCUACAAAUAAUAAUCAGAGAUAUGCUUUCACACCACUUCUGGAUGCACCAGAAGAUGAUGAAGAGGAAGAUGAGCAAUUUGUUAAUGAUGCAUUUGGUGUGAAGAUGAGAGGUUACAGGAGUACUUCUCCAAAACCAAAGUCUACCAACAAUGUGGAAGAUGACCUCAAGUGGGUUGAAGAGAAUAUUCCUUCAACAUUAGCUGAUACGGCUCUGACAACCAUGGAUUCUGAUGAGGAAAUAAUGACAACGAAGUUUGAAGUAUCCAAGCUGCAGUAAUUUGAAAGAAGAAAUCUGUAUAUUAGACACGUUAAUUAAUUUUUAGUACCAUUAGUUGUUGUGUGUCUGUACCAUGUGCAUGGACAUGUGUGGAUGUAUGCACAUAAUGGAAAGAUGCCUUCUACUGAAUUUGGUUGGAUUCUGAUAUCCAGUUUUGAGGCUGUGGAAUUAAUUCUGUGUUUCUUCAUUUGCCCAUCUCUAGCAAAAACAUCACUAGUUUUUCAUUUUCAUUGUUCUUUUAAAUGUAUAUGAAUGCUUCUAUCCAGUGUCUGUAUGAUGGUUUUAUGUUCUCUGAUUACACGUGUGCUUAAAGGAGACUGCAAAUUAUUAUAAACAGUCUAAGAAAUCUUAGUAACUUACUCCACUUAAGUUUUUUAGUGACAGAAUAUUAUCAGUUGUUCAUAUUAUAGAUUAAAAAUAUAUUGAUAUGCGCAAUACAUUUAAUUUCUUACUUUUUACCAUGUAACAGUGAUGUAGUCAUAAUGGCAUUCUUGUAACACAUGAAUAACAAAAGUAUUUUGAAAAUUUCUUUAGUGGAAACCUUUUACUUUGUAGUUAUAGUUGAUAAACUUGCAUAAUUUUGAAUUUCACAUUCAACAUGACAUACUAUGCAAGGCUUAGAACAUUCUGGUAAUGCUUAUGUAAAAUAAAUAAAAAUGUAGAUAUAUUAAGCUUCAGUUGGAGAUUGCUAGAUAGGGCUAUGGUGGUCCUGUACUUAAUAUGAAUUUUGUGCAUCCAGAACAUACAGGUGGGCCAGACUCAAUUA